CUGUCCCGGGACGGACGUCAUCAUGAUCGAGAGUGCAAAUUACGGCCGAACCGAUGACAAAAUCUGCGACGCCGACCCCGCUCAGAUGGAGAAUACGCGCUGCUAUUUACCUGAUGCGUACAAGAUCAUGAGCCAGAGGUGUAAUAACCGGACGCAGUGCGCCGUCGUGGCCGGACCGGAUGCGUUUCCCGACCCCUGUCCUGGGACAUACAAAUACCUGGAAGUGCAGUAUGAGUGCGUCCCGUACAUUUUCCUGUGCCCAGGGCUCUUACGCGGCGUUUAUCAGAGCGAGCAUCUAUUCGAGUCGGACCACCAGUCGGGAGCUUGGUGCAAAGACCCCCUCCAGGCCUCAGAUAAGAUCUAUUACAUGCCCUGGACGCCGUAUCGCACGGACACCCUCACCGAAUACUCCAGCAAAGAGGAUUUCAUCGCAGGACGACCCACCACGACCUACAAGCUCCCCCAUCGGGUCGACGGCACCGGGUUCGUCGUCUACGACGGCGCGCUGUUCUUCAACAAGGAGCGAACUAGGAAUAUCGUCAAGUUUGAUUUGCGCACUCGCAUCAAGAGCGGCGAGGCUAUCAUCGCUAGCGCAAACUACCACGACACUUCGCCGUAUCGCUGGGGAGGCAAGUCGGAUAUCGAUUUGGCGGUGGACGAGAACGGUCUUUGGGUGAUUUACGCCACGGAGCAAAACAACGGACGGAUCGUGAUCAGCCAGCUCAACCCGUAUACGUUACGUGUGGAGGGAACUUGGGAUACGGCCUACGACAAACGCUCCGCUUCCAACUCCUUCAUGAUCUGUGGGAUCCUGUAUGUCGUCAAGACCGUCUACGAAGACGACGAUAGCGAAGCCACCGGGAAUAAAAUCGACUACAUCUACAACACGGAGCUGAGCAAAGACGGCUAUCUGGACAUCCCCUUCCCGAACUCGUACCAGUACAUCGCUGCCGUGGAUUACAAUCCCAGAGACAAUCUGCUCUAUGUGUGGAAUAACUACCAUGUCGUCAAGUAUACGCUGGAUUUUGGAGUCCUGGAUAACAGACUAGAAUCUUCCUCCUCAGGAAACGUUUUAAUGGACACAACAACGACACGCACCACGACUCGCCCGGUCACCGUCACCUUGACGACCCCCUCCACCUCCACCACCGUCACCAUGACAACCACCACCACCAGAUCUCCCGCCUCGACGACGGCAGCAGCCCCGCGCAGCACCACGACAGACCGGCAGCCGGCUGCUCUUCCCGAGGUCACGGCACGCUCCGACCCAUCCUCCGUUCUGCCCAACAUCGCCGUGGAGUUCUGCAGCCCCGUCACCGACUCCUCCAUCACCUGGCCCAAAACACGCCAGGGCCUUGUCGCCAAGCAGCCCUGCCCACCGGGAACCGUCGGGACGGCUGUGUUCACCUGUCAGGGGCCCGAGGGACUGUGGGACCAGCAGGGGCCCGACCUCAGCAACUGCACCUCCACAUGGGUCAACAUCAUCAACCAGAAGAUCCGAGCGGGUGAACCUGCGGCCAUAAUCUCCCGUGAGCUUUCCGAACAGACCAAGGGUGACAUGCACGCAGGUGACAUCACCUACACCGUCCGGGCCAUGGGUCACCUGAUCGACCUGCUGGACGUCCAGCUCAGGAAUCUCACCCCCGGGGGAAAGGACAGCGCCGCUCGGAGCCUCAACAAGCUGCAGAAAAGGGAGCGUUCGUGUCGAUAUUUUGUCCAGGCGAUGGUGGAGACGGUGAAUAACCUGCUGCAGCCGCAGGCGCGGACGGCGUGGAUGGAGCUGUCGAGCGGAGAUCAGCUGCGCGCCGCCACCAUGCUGCUGGACACCGUCGAGCAGGGUGCCUUCGUGCUCGCAGACAACCUGCUGAAGACCGACGUCGUGCAGGAAAACACCGAAAACAUCCAGCUGGAGGUGGCGAGGAUGAGCACAGACGGAAAUCUUCCCGAUCUGAAGUUUCCACAGACGGGAGGCCAAGGGAACGCCAUCCACCUGUCAGCCAACACCCUCAAACAACACGGCAGAAACGGGGAGAUCCGGAUGGCGUUCGUCCUGUACAAGCAUCUGGGUUCGUAUCUGUCCACUGAAAACGCCAGCAUGAAGUUCAGCAGCGAGACGUUAAACACAAACUACUCUGUCAUCGUCAACUCUCCCGUUAUAACGGCGGCCAUCAACAAAGACAGUAACAAAGUCUACCUGUCCGACCCCGUCAUAUUCACCAUGCGGCAUAUUCAGCAGUCAGAGGAGAAUUUCAACCCCAACUGUUCGUUCUGGAGCUACUCGAAGCGCAGUAUGAUGGGCUUCUGGUCGACGCAGGACUGCCGGCUGCUGGGAACCAACCGAACGCACACCACCUGCUCCUGCACACACCUCACCAACUUCGCUGUGCUCAUGGCUCACGUGGACGUGAAGACGGCAGACUCGGUUCAUGAUCUGCUGCUGGACAUCAUCACGUGGGUGGGAAUCCUGCUGUCUCUGGUCUGUCUGCUCGUCUGCAUCUUCACCUUCUGCUUCUUCCGCGGCCUGCAGAGCGACAGGAACACCAUCCACAAGAACCUGUGCAUCUCGCUCUUCAUCGCUGAAACACUCUUCCUCACUGGCAUCAACCGCGCGGACCAGCCGAUCGCCUGCGCCGUCUUUGCGGCUCUGCUGCAUUUCUUCUUCCUGUCUGCAUUCACGUGGAUGUUUCUGGAAGGCGUUCAGCUCUACAUCAUGUUGGUGGAGGUGUUUGAGAGCGAGCAUUCGCGCAAGAGAUAUUUUUACCUGGCCGGAUACGGCAUUCCUGCGCUCAUCGUGGCCGUUUCUGCCGCAGUGGAUUACCACAGUUACGGGACGGACAGAGUGUGCUGGUUGCGGUUGGAUACUUAUUUCAUCUGGAGUUUUAUAGGCCCCGCCACACUCAUCAUCAUGCUGAAUGUGAUCUUCCUGGGAAUCGCUCUCUACAAGAUGUUUCACCACACCGCCAUCCUGAAGCCAGACUCUGGUUGCCUUGACAACAUCAAAUCGUGGGUGAUCGGAGCGAUCGCACUGCUCUGUCUGCUGGGCCUGACCUGGGCGUUUGGCCUGAUGUACGUUAACGAGAGCACGGUGAUCAUGGCGUACCUCUUCACCAUCUUUAACUCGCUGCAGGGCAUGUUCAUCUUCAUAUUUCACUGCGUCCUGCAGAAGAAGGUGCGUAAAGAGUACGGGAAGUGUCUGCGGACUCACUGCUACAGCGGGAAGAGUGUGGACUCGUCUGUGGGUUCGGUGAAGAGCUCGUCGUCGCGCGGCCCGGGACGAUAUUCCUCCGCGUCACAGGUUCAUCACCCGCCUUGUAUGACAAACUCCUCACAGUUACAGUAUGAACAAAGCCGAAUCCGCCGCAUGUGGAACGACACGGUGAGGAAGCAGUCCGAGUCUUCGUUCAUGGCUGGAGACAUUAACAGUUCAGCUACACUCAACAGAGGUGCCAUGGCCAAUCACCUCAUCCCAAACUCUCUGCUGCGCGCUCACGCCUCUAACAACCCCUAUAACACCUUACUGGGCGAAUUAGCCGUCUAUAACAACCCCACCCUCAGCAUGUACAACGCUCAAGAGCCCUACAGAGAGACAAAGGGAAUCCUGAACAAUGCUCGGGAUACAAGUGCCAUGGAUACUCUACCACUGAAUGGUAACCAUGGCAACAGCUACAGCUUGGCCAGCGCCGAUUACAUGAGCGACUGCGUGCAAAUCAUCGACCGCACGUACAACGUACACAAAGAGACCACGCUGGAGAAACGGAUCCUGAAAGAGCUCACCUCCAACUACCUGCCCACCUACCUGAACAACCACGACCGCACGGCCGAGCACAGACGCAACCUCAUGAACAAGCUGGUGAACGAAGUCAGCAACGGAGGCGGGGUGAAGGACUCGCCCAUGCUGCCGGUCAAUCUCGCGUUGGGUUUGGACGACUCUGCGUCUUUCCCACACGAGGACAGUCUAGGGCUGGAGCUGAUCAGGGAGGAGUCCAACACCCCCUUGCUUCCGCCGCCACGCCACGUCCAGCCUCUUCCCUCCACCUUCAGCUCGGCUUCUUCAUCGCGACGGCGCCUUCCGCAAGAAAACAGCGAGAGUUUCUUCCCUCUGCUGACAGAGGAGCAAACGGAAGAGACUCCAUCGCCGCAGAGAGACUCACUCUACACCAGCAUGCCCACGCUGCCCGACCCCGAACGCUCCGACACGCAUUCGCUGCCCCGCGGCAGUGACACACACACGCUCCCCAGAAGCGGCGAGCCGGACGACGUUUACUAUAAGAGCAUGCCCAACUUGGGCUCGCGCAACCAUCUGCACCAGCUGCAUAGCUACUACCAACUGGGCCGCGGCAGCAGCGACGGCUUUAUCGUUCCUCCCAAAGAUGAGCUUUCGCCCGAAGAAACGCCGCCGCAGGAAACCGCACACAUGGUAACCAGCCUAUAGAGGGCGCCAAACCCCGUCGCAUUCACACCCGUAACCCAUGACAUCUCGACCUCCGCUGGAUCUUCUACGUUUCCGUACCAUUCAGUCGUCCGCAGUUGUUCACUUUUGCUUUUCCAUGUCCGCAGAGAAAUGAACUACAGCAACAAACCUUGGGAGGCGAUGUUGUAUUCCGUUCAGGAGAGGAUUAUGGGUACUCCUGCUUGUUGAGGAAUGAAACCUGACAUCCUUUGGAUUCUAUUGGUAGUGCACUUCUACUUCAAGGGAGAACAGACCCGAAAACGGAUUUGCUGUGUAACCUUGCGGGGCAGUGUGAGAUUUUGUGGGUUUUUUACUCUCUGCAACCCUGAAGGAAUACAGAUAACUGCCAAAAAGAUUGUUAGUAGCUCAGCGCGUCUAGUCAAUACCAAUCAAGUCUGUGACUCGAAAACUAUUUCAAUACCUUCUGUAUCCAUAUUUGCUUUUUAAAUAUUUUUCUUCUUCUCACGUGGUGAAAAGCAGCACAUUUUGCUGCGACGGAGAACAAUACGAAGAAGGGCGUCUUCACCACACGCUCUCGGGCAUCAUUUCUGUUCUUUGCUGUAUUAAUAACAAAUAUCGAGAAGCGGGGGAAGAACUAAUACCGGAGAAUUCUACAAUAUUUCUAUGUAAAUGUACAGACACUAGUGUUACACAGGAUAGUGCUUAUUCUGUUCCUACGCCCUCCGCUUCUGUAACCAUGGUGAUUUCAGAUCAUUUCCUUUCUCUCCCGAUGGUCUCGUCCUCAACGACAGGUUUUGAUCCUUUGCUCUUUUUUUUUAAAUGAUAUAUUUUACAUUCACGUCUUCAUUUCAGUAUGAAUAAUGGCAAGUAGAAAAAAAAUGACAGGACAGACAAAGAAUUCAUAUUUUUCCUCAUUCUCUUUGAUUUAUAGACUCCCGUUUGUAGAUGAAUGAAGAAAAGAAACAUAACGUGGAAAAUAUGUUGGAGUAGAGAUAUGAGACGUAUCGCAGUACAUGAUCAAUGGAGGUCGUUUUCAUUCAGAGAGAGUGAUAGAGAUGCACUUUUGUGAUUUAGCAUACCUUCUAUUUGCUUUCAUUUUUUUUCUGGUGGAGAAUGAAUGGUUAUUUAUUUCACUGAGGAAAAAAGUACAAACUAUUUUGCAAAAUGGCUGGGGGUAAAAUGAAUGCGGCACAUAUUAUAAUUUUUAUCAUUACAAAUAUGAUUUUAUUUAUUCUUUUAUCCGUUUAUUAUUUUUUUUUCUCCUGUGGUUGAAUGACCUCUCACUAAUAUUUGUUGUAACAGUGAAACUUGUUUGCCAACAAAUAAAUGACUGACGGAGUGAAGCCGAGAGAUGCUGGCUGUGUGCGUUUUCUGCAACCUGACACAUUUUUUUUUUAU